AAAAUAAGCUGUUGAUCAUCUCCUUCUGCCAGCACAAGAUUAUAGGCCUAAACCAAAGAAUUCUUUGACUAGUAGGAACCCAUUUUUAAGUUAGGCGACAAAGGUCAAAGCCAACGUGGGCAUAUCUGCCAACUGGCGGCCACAGUGCCACUGUUGAAACACAGAUACAUAUAUGUUCUCUUCUCACAGACAAAUUCUCUGUAAAGAUUGCAUCUUUUUGAAAAUUCAGGCAAAUGGGUGUGCUUGAAAUGGGGAAUUAUAUUGAUUGGGAACAAGAAUCGUACCCACAAUAUGAAGAUUUCAUAGUGCUUCCUUUGUUUGCCCUUUUCUUUCCCACUGUCAGAUAUUUUCUUGAUAAAUUCGUAUUUGAGAAAGUGGCUAGAAGGUUAAUAUUUGGAAAAAGAAAGUUGGUGCUGGAAAGUGAGACAGAUAGAUGGAGAAGAAGGUUACGGAAAUUCAAAGAAUCAGCAUGGAAAUGUGUGUAUUUUCUAUCAGCAGAAGUUUUCGCACUUUCAGUGACCUACAAUGAGCCUUGGUUGAAAACAACCAGAUACUAUUGGGUAGGGCCUGGAGAUCAGGUCUGGCCUGAGCAGAAAUAUAAGUCAAAGCUAAAGGCACUAUAUAUGUAUGCUGGUGGAUUUUAUGCAUAUUCGAUAUUUGCACUUCUAUUCUGGGAAACAAGACGUUCGGACUUUGGGGUUUCAAUGAGUCAUCAUGUGGCUACUGUGAUUCUUAUUGUCUUGUCCUAUAUUUUCAGGUUUGCAAGAGUUGGUUCAGUUGUUUUAGCGCUUCAUGAUGCUAGUGAUGUAUUCCUGGAAAUAGGAAAAAUGUCCAAAUACAGUGGUGCUGAAGGUCUUGCCAGUUUUUCAUUUGUGCUUUUUGCUUUAUCUUGGAUUGUACUUCGCCUCACAUACUUCCCUUUCUGGGUUCUUUGGAGUACAAGUUACGAAGUUAUCCAGACCUUGGAUAAAGAGAAGCACAAAGUUGAAGGACCAAUCUACUACUACGUAUUCAAUUCGCUUCUAUACUGCUUGCUGGUUCUUCAUAUAUAUUGGUGGGUGUUGAUAUACCGGAUGCUUGUUAAACAAAUCCAGUCUAGGGGCCAACUAAGUGAGGAUGUUAGAUCUGAUUCUGAAGAGGAAGGUGACCAUGAACAUUAACCAUGCAAGAAGUGUUUUAUCUCCUCUGUGAAGGUAUUUGAUAGAUCUUCAUAGAUUUGGAUGCUAAUGGAAAGACGAUAAUGUACAGAAUAGUCAUAAGCAAUUUCUCUGUAUUCAUAUGUUUUUAUGCAAGCUUCUUUACUUACAUACAAAAUAGGCACACAUAAAUUAUCCGUGUUCCUCCCUGCUGCGAAAAAUACUAAAGAAGUUCCUGCUGUAUCUAAUAACUUUGUUAUUUAACUUGUAUUUUGUAAAUUUUCUUGGCCCUUUUUGCUUGCCUUUAGAUAAGAAGACUACUCA